AUGAAGGUGUGUGAGAGGGAGAGAGACGAUCUUCUUCAACGCAACCAAAAAUUUAGGGUUUCCUGUAUUUGCAUCGGCUGGUUGCUUUUCAUCACUCCAUCAUCCAUCAACAAUCUUCAGUCAAUUGAUGAACCAAGAACAAUGAAGGCAAGAUCAUCUUCAUUGAAUCCAUAUGCAACUUCUUACAUUCCACUCUCUAGAAGAGGGCCCACAACAACUCAUGAAACCAAAGGCUAUGAAUCAACAUAUGUUUCCCCUGCAAACACCACACAAAACCAUGGUGCUUCUGAGAGUCCAGAUAGCUUGAAACUCAAGAAUCAUUCUGGUUUUGAGUCUUAUGGUUCAUCAUCACAUAGUGCUGAGGUGGCAGGAAAACAGGCCUUGGAUAUUGAUCAUGACAUGAAUUUGGCGUAUCUUCAGAUGACAUUUCCUGGUGUUUCUGAUGAGUCUCUUUCAAGUGUCUAUAUGGCAAACAGAGGUGACAUGGAAGCUACAGUUGAUAUGCUGAAUCAACUUGAGAUGCACAGUGGUGAUUUCUCUGAGAAUCUUCCGGAUUCAUUAGACAUUGGUGAUGUGUCAGAAGCUGGAUCAUCUUCUAGUGAGGGUGGAUCUCAAAAAAUGAAGAAGGUGGCAGUUGGUAAGUAAAAAUGAAGAAAGUUGCACAACUGAUUUUUCUGUGUAUAUUUUUUUCAUGGAAUUUUUGGAAAAAGUAAGAACUGUGUUGUACAAGUAAAAGGAGCAUAUAGAGAUGUUUUGAUUGUUUUUGGUAAAAAAGAAAAUGCCCAUAAAAUACAGAUGGAAGCGGGUUUUUGAUUGGUUUUGGCACAUAGAACUUAGAAGUAUGUGUGAUUGAAAAAAAAAACCGAAUUUGAUGUGUGUUUGGUUAUUGAAUUGGGAAUAUUGCUCAAGUGUUUGAA